GGAUAAUUAAAAUAUCUAAUAAAAUUUCAUAUCUUCAUAAGUAAAUGAUUAGCUUUAUUGGUAAAAAUCAAAUUAAAUAGUUUUUUAGUCUCAAUUUUAAUAUAAACAGAUAAUAUAAUAAACAAUUAAAAUAUCAUUAAAAAGCAUAAUCCUAGUUUGAAGGAAAAAGUAAUCAAAAUAUAAUUAAAAUAUAUUAGCAAGAAUAAUAAAGACACCUAUUUUACUAAGGAUAGUAUUCAUUUAAUAGAUUAAGAGCUUGUGCAAGAAGGAUGGAAAUAGAAUCUGAUAUUAAAAUUACUUUAAAUGAAAAAGAAAAGUAAUUAUUUGACUUUUUACUAGAAUUUGUUAAAGCCAAAAAUAUAUAAGUAGUACUUCGUUCAGCUGGAGGUUGGGUUCGUGAUAAGAUUUUAGGCUAAGAAUGUCAUGAUAUUGAUAUUACAUUAGAUACUAUGACUGGUGAGUAGUUUAUUAACUUAUUGAUUGACUACCUCAAGGAAAAGGGUUAGGAAGACCUUAUAUCAGGUCAUGGUGUUAUUAAAAGUAACCCUGAUAAAUCUAAGCAUUUAGAAACAGUCACUUUCAAAAUUUUUGGAUACGACAUUGAUAUCGCUAAUUUAAGACAUGAAGAAUAUACAAAAUCUAGAAUUCCUACUAUGAAAUUUGGUACUCCACUUUAAGAUGCUGAAAGAAGAGAUUUAACAAUAAAUUCAAUGUUCUACAAUAUUAAUACUUGUUAAAUAGAAGAUUUUACAGGUAAAGGUCUUAGUGAUCUUUAAAACAAAAUCAUCAGAACUCCAUUAGAUCCUACAUAAACCUUUAUUGAUGAUCCCUUGAGAAUUUUGAGAACAUUUAGAUUCGCAACAAAGUAUUCUUUUUCAAUAGUUCCAGACAUUAUUGAAGCACUUAAAUAAGAAUAAAUAAGAAUUAGUUUAGAAGAAAAAGUUAGCAGAGAAAGAAUAAGAACUGAGCUUGAAAAAAUAUUGAAAGAUAAGAAUGUGGAGAUAGGAUUGAACUUAAUAUUCUAAAAUAAUUUAUGGUCAAUUGUAUUCUAGAUGCCAGAUAAAUGUGACGAAUUGAAAGAUAAAGUGUUCUAUGAUUAAAAAUAACUAGAAUCAUAUAACCUUGCAAUCAGAUCAGUUUAAGAACUAAAAACUGUAUAAGAUAUGCCCAUUUUAUCACAGGACUUCUAAUAAUAAGAUGUUUAAUUAUUAUUCUUAAUGUCUGCUAUUUCUUUCCCAUUCGCUAAAAUUUAGUAUAAAAUUAAUAAAACAAUAAUGUCUCUUCCUCAAUAUUUAGCUUUUGAAUCCCUUAAAUUCCCUGAUAAAGCCUUGAAGGUUUGCACUAUUAUAACUCAAACUUGUGAAAAUGCUCUCAAGAUUUAAGAAAUUAUUAAGAAAAAUUUCGAUGAAGAAUUUAAUAAUAUAGCUCAACUAAUUAAAAAGCUAGGAAAUACAUGGGAGCUCGCGUUUUCUAUUGCUAGAAUAAGUGACUCUAUCUAAUUCAAGGAUGAAUUUUCCUCAAGUUAUGAUAAGUUAAUUGAGUUUAUUUAUUUUAACAAAAUCGAAAAAGUAUAUGCAAUGAAACCUUUAAUUGACGGUAAAGAAAUUAUGGGAAUAUUUGAACUGGAUAAGUAAGGCCCUGUUGUAGGAAAAAUUAAUACAAACAUCUUUCUUUGGUAAGCUAAAAAUAUGGAUAAGUAGAAGGAUGACUUAAUAGCAGAAAUAGUUAAAAAUAAAUAAAAGUUUAUGUUAUGAUUCUUAAUUAUCAAAAAUAAAAAUAAUUUAUUUCAAUAUUUUUUAUUAAUUCUAACAAUUUUGUCUAUCUAUAUAUUAAAUUAUUUUAUUUAUUUUUAUGAUUUCUCUUUAAUAUUUGAUUGAAUUUAUCAGAAAAUAAAGCUUAAAUUUUCAUAAA